GUCCUUCCGCACGACCUGCGUGGGCAGAAAGCGCCAGCAGGAGCCCAGCCACCCUCCACCCCUUCUGGUCUGCCGGGCGCCCAGUGGAUAAAUGGCAGGCAAAAAGCGAGAAAUCCAGUUACAGGCAGUCAUCAAUAACCAAAGCCUGUGGGAUGAGAUGUUGCAGAACAAAGGCCUAACAGUGAUUGAUGUGUAUCAAGCCUGGUGUGGACCUUGCAAAGCCAUGCAAACUUUAUUCAGAAAAUUGAAAAAUGACCUAAACGAAGAUGAAAUUCUGCAUUUUGUUGUAGCAGAAGCUGACAGCAUUGUGACUUUGCAGCCAUUUAGAGAUAAAUGUGAACCAGUUUUUCUUUUUAGUGUUAAUGGCAAAAUUAUUGCAAAGAUUAAUGGUGCAAAUGCACCACUUGUUAAUAAGAAAAUUAUUAACUUGAUCAAUGAGGAGAGGAAAAUUGCAGCAGGUGAAAUGGUUCGCCCUCAGUAUCAUGAAAUUGCAUUUGUAGACUCAGAUACAGAAAAUGUUGGGGAAGCAUCUCACGAAAAUAAUGACCAACUAUACAGUAUUGCUAUUAUCAAGCCCGAGGCUGUGCGUACUGGAAAAAAUAUAGAAAUUAAAGAAAAAAUCAUCAAUGCAGGAUUUGUCAUAGAAGCAGAGGCUAAGCGAGUGCUCACUGAAGAGCAAGUAAAGGACUUCUAUAGUGAAAUAGCAGACCAGCCUGACUUUGAAGAUUUUCUUUCUUUAAUGACCAGUGGCCUAAGCUAUAUUCUAGUUAUAUCUCAAAGAGAUGAACAAGAGCCUUCCUGGGAAGGACCUGUACCUAAUCCUGACACCGAACCUAAAGAACCAUCUGAAGAUCAAUAUGAGACGGCCACAACUACAGUGAUGAAGAAGCGGGACAGUUUACAAGAAUAUAUGGAAAGACAACAUCUAUCUGAGUUUUGUGAUAUUGAAGAGAAUAUAGUAAAUGUUAAUAAGCUUAUUGACAUCUUCUUCCCUGAUUUUAGAAGUAUGAAAAACGUAAAAUUAGAAAGGAUAAUGGCAUUACUUCGACCAGAUCUCUUUCAAGGAAAAAAAGAGGAUGUUUUGAAUAUCAUUCAAGAUGAAGGCUUUAAAAUACUGAUGCAAAGACAAAUAGUAUUAACAAAAGAAGAAGCUCAAACACUAUGCAAGGAAUAUGAAAAUAAAGAUUAUUUUGAAAAUCUUAUAGAAAACAUGACCAGUGGUCCAUCUCUAGCCCUUGUUUUAUUAAGAGACAAUGGUUUACAACAUUGGAAAGAGUUAAUUGGACCAAACACUGUUGAAGAAGCUAAAGAAUAUCUUCCAGAGAGUUUAUGUGUACACUUUGCAAUGGAAAGUUUACCUAUCAACCAGUUGUAUGGAAGUGUUUCCUUAGAAGCUGCUGAAAAGGAAAUAGAGUAUUUCUUUCCUCCUCAAAAAGUUUUAGGACUGAUUAAACCUCAUGUAACACAUGAACAAAGAGAGGAGAUCUUCAAGCUCAUUAAAGAGAAUGGAUUUGAAAUAACACAGAUGAAGGAAAUGCUGCUAAAUGAAGAACAAGCAGGCAAAAUUUAUUUUAAAAUAAAACAAAAACACUUUUAUAAAAAUAUAUUGGAAAUGUUAUCCGAGGGUCCAUCUUUGGUCAUGGUCCUGACCAAGUGGAAUGCUGUUUCAGACUGGAGACGAUUGAUGGGUCCCACAGACCCAGAGGAAGCAAAACUAUUGUCCCCAGACUCUAUCCGAGCCAGAUUUGGACAAAGUACUUUGAAAAAUGCUGUCCAUGGAUCAUCUAAUCUCUAUGAGGCAACAGAGGUCAUUAAUGAAUUGUUUGUUCCUGAGAAUCCUGAGGAAAACUAAAAGCAGGUUCACAAAUGUAUCCAUGUGUGGCUCUGGAUGCUGACUUGAAUAUGACUAUACAGACUCUUCACAUGUGGAGUGGUGUCUCCAGCUGGAUGAGCCAAAUUGAGAAUUCAUCUCCCAAGCAUAAUGAGAAAGCAAAGUGAAAUGGAGAAACCCUUCCACACCCAUCCAGGUUCCUCAGGGGAAGAUGAGUACAUUGCUCCCUUAAUAUUGUCAUGUAGGCUAUGAUUUCUCCAGGUAUAAUAACAUUGUAUUAAAACAUUCAAUGCAAAAAUAAAA